AUGGCAAUUAAUUAUGAAAUAAAUGGUAAUGAAAUUAAAAAUUUACAAACUAUCACUUACAAUUAUAAAGAACCAAUUGAAAUUGAUAAAGAGUUAGAAUGUAUGAUUUGCUUAUUACCACUUUUGGAACCAGUAGUCGAACCAAAUUGCAGACAAAUGUUUUGUAAAGAUUGUUUAACAAAUUGGUCUAUUGAAAAAGGUCAAAAAGGAUGUCCAUAUUGCCAACAAUCAUUUAAUAUAAAAUCAGUUAGUUUACCACCAAAAUUUGUAACAAAUACAUUAGAUAGUUUAUUAGUUUAUUGCAAUACAGAUGGUUGUGAAUUCAAUAGUAAUAGUGAUAGAAAUCAAUUAAUUCGUCGUUGUGAAUAUAGAAAUCAUUUUGAAAGAAUUUGUAAAGUAAUAUGUAUUGAUUGUAAUCAACAAUUUACAAGAGAACAAUUAAAAUUACACUCAAAUGAAUGUACUUCAAAAUCAGUUAAAUGUAAUGCAAGUUCAUUAAUGUGUUCAUGGGUUGGUCCAAUUAAAGAAUUGCAAUCACAUGAAUCAAAUUGUCAUUACAUUGCAUUAUCGCCAAUACUCAAUAAAUUAUAUGAUAAAAUCCAACAAUUAGAUAUCAGUAAUCAAAAAACCACCUCAUUUUUAUUAGAAAAAAUAAAUUAUUUAGAAUCAAUAAUUUCAUCAUCAUCAGCAUUAUCAACACCAAAUUUGAGUUCUCCAAUUUAUUAUCAACCAAUUCCAACUGCUCCAUUACCAGACUCAACAACAAUGUAUGAUAAUAGAAAUACAACCACCACAACAACCACAACAACAACAAUUUCAUUGGAUAAAAUUACACCGGUUGAAAUUAAAAAAGUAGCAUCAAUUGAAAUUUUUAAAAAUAAUAGUAAUAAAUAUGUAAUUGGUAAAGUUGAAUCAGGUGUUAAGAGUGUAUCGAUUGAUGGAGAUUAUGCAGAUACAUGGCCAAUUGUUAAAGGUAAUUUACCAAAUUCAGUUGACACAUUAAUAUUAUUAGAUGGAUUUAAAGAAUUGGUAUACUCUGUUCCAAAAUCAAUUAAAGUACUACACAUUGGUGAUAUUAAAAAAUCACAUGCAUUCUAUAUUCAAUGCAGUUCAGUUAAUGAAAUUCAUUUUCAUGAUAAUUGUAAAAUUAAAUUCACAAAGAAUGUUAUACCAGAUUCAGCUAAAACAGUUCACUUUUAUAGAAUUAAUGAACCAUUAACAACUGAAUCAAUUGGUAAGAAUGUAAAAUGUCUUCAUAUACAUGAUGGAUUUUCAAAAUCAUUAGGAUAUGGUGUUUUACCAUCAUCAAUUCAAGAAUUACAUUUAUAUGAUAUUAAAAGACAAGCAUUGUCAAUACCAAGCUCAAUUAAAAUAUUAUACCUUCAUAAUCAAUUCAAUAAUGAAUCAAUUGAAUUACCUGAUCAACUUGAAACUCUUUAUCUUGAUAACAUUAUCCACCCAAUUAAAAAUUUCCCAUCAUCUUUAAAAACAAUUCAUUUAAUUAAUUAUAAAUUUGAAGAUAAAGUACCAUUUCCACCAAAAGUUAAAAUUAUUAUGGGGACAAAAUAA